ACGGACAGUGUGUCAGUCUCGUCCACGUACACCUGCCUCACACUCUCAGUCUCAGUCAACAGUUUUGUGUUACAGUUUUUAAUAACUAAAAUGGGACAUCUGUUCUCCAAGAAGCCUCAGAGUAAAGUGACGGAACACGAUAAAGCUGUGCUGCAACUAAAAUCAACUAGAGACAAGAUCCGCCAGUACCAGAAACGGUCAGAAGGAACAGUUGAGAAGGACAGACAACUUGCCAAAAAGCUCCUUCGUGAUGGCAGAAAAGAACGGGCCAAGCUGUUGUUACGUAAGAAAAGAUUCAUUGAGGAACAGUUGAAGAAGACGGACGGCACACUUGAAAACAUUGAGAGAAUGAUACAGGACAUUGAGUUUUCUCAGAUAGAAUUGCAGGUGGUUGACAGUUUGAAGGUGGGUAAUGAAUCACUAAAGCAGAUCAAUGAAAUGCUAAGUGUUGAGGAUGUUGAACGCAUCUUAGACGAAACCCAAGAGGCAGUAGAAAAGCAGCAGGAGAUUGAUGCCCUUCUCUCUGGUGGACUACUGACGGAAGAGGAUGAGACUGCCGUAGAAGAGGAACUUGAUGCCAUUAUUGCCGAAGCUGUUCAGAAGCAACUGCCAGAGGCCCCGACAGCAGUUGAAAACCCAGAGGUGUUACUUCCCGACGUUCCAGAAACUCUGCCAGAACCAGAGAAGGAAAAAGAGAAGCCGAGAGAAAGGGUCGCCCUGUCAGCCUCCUAAUGAUCGUCUUCGACAUCUUUUACUCUCAGUAAGCUUCUCUAAGGUAUCACUUUGUUUUGAUUCUGAUGAUGGUUGCUUUAAGUGGACAAUGGUAUGUUAGCAAACUAAGUCAGAUUUCCAGUGUAAUUGAUAUUAACUGUAAAAUAAUUCAGAAGUUGAUUGUAGUAGACAAAGAGUUUAUUAGAACUAUCACAUGCCGAUAUGAUUGAUAACUAUUAAAUCAACAGUGUCCAUGACUUAAUAAACUGAUCAGUAUACAGUCAUGAAAUUAAUUAAAUAUCAAACUUUUCUCACACAAGACAACUUUAUAUACAGGUAUGUGAUGGUUGAACACUCCAAUUUGUUGUGUCAAAAUAUAGAUAUGAUGUUUGUAAAUUUUCCACAUGAGUGUAAUUUUAACACAAGCUAAGCAUUUAAAAGAACAAGAAAAACAGUGAGAGUACUGUACAUCAUUUAUGGCCUGGAGUAAGGGGAGUGCAUGGUGCUUUAUUUCUGACCAUCCUACUACCAAGUAAAAGAGUGCUUGUAAGAAUGAAAAGAAGAUGAAGCAUUUAUUAGAUCUCUUGAAUAUUUACCAGAUGCUUAUCACAAAAAUACCAUCACUAAGGUCUAUCCCCAUCAUGCAAUAUGCUAUUAUUCACAUUCUGGAUCUUUUGCCUUCCAAGACUAGUGAGAAAACUCCCUCUCCUCACCCAGGACUCUUGAGUCAUUGCCCUCACUGGAUAAUAGACUUUCUAUACUUGCCUGGUCAUUUCAAGCUUUACAACAGAAGAUGCUAUAAUAAUCCUUAAUAAUUAGGAUUUACUUCUCCCAUGAUUAAUAAAAAUCAAAUAUAUACCAUUAAGUAGCUGUUGGUUGGCAUGGUGUUGGUGUUGUUGUUGUUGUAAAAAUCAUCACUUGAAUGUCUGUCAUAAAAUACGCUUUCCUGGCUUAGCUAAUGAGGUGCCGCUGCUCGAACGCAUUCAGGAAUAAGCAUAUCCUCUUAAGUGAAGGUCCAGAAACAUUAUCAAGAACUAGAAUUCUUGUCUCAGGAUUAUCUGGGGGUGGGGUUCCUGUAGAUUGUCUUUACUCUGAGAAGUAGACAGAUUAUUCCCAUGCUCCUGGAUUCACCAUCAGCAUCCAUAGCCAUGUCUACACAAUUUAAUGUCUGUAUGCCUCUGAAAUGGUGUCAAUAAGAAUGAGCUUUGCAUUUGGUGACUACUCUGGUUGUAGUAACCUUUAUUUUAUGGCAUUCAGUGUAAAACGUGUACUGUACAGUGUUCCCUUAAAGCUCACGGUUUUAAAGCUUGCGUCCCUCGGAAACUCACUGAUUAAAAAAAACCCCUCUUAUUCAGCCUCUUGACCAAGGAAUAAUGGCUGUUUUCAAGACAUAUUACCUCAGUUGCAGUAUUUCUAAAAUGAGGGUCAGUGAACAUCAUCACCAAACAUCAUCACCACCAUCAUCAUUACCAUCACCAUCAUCAUCUUCAGCAUCAACUUUUUAGUCAUCAACUUCAUAAUAAUCAUCAUAAACAUCAUUCUUGAUACAUAGGCAGGGGGAGAGUUGGCGGGGGGUCAUGAGGCAGGGGAAGAGUUGACAGGGAUCAAGAGAAGUCAACACCUUAGUACAGUACAGAGUAAUUGUUAUAUCAUGUUUAUUUAUUUAUAUUAUUUCAUGUUUUAUUAUACUGUAUUGUCUUAUGCCCAUCAUUAUAUCAUUCAUUAUAUGGGAACUGUACUAAUCAUCAUUUUCAUCAUAGCAAGAAGAUCCAGGAUGAAUGGUGAGUGUUCAGAGCUUCAUAUAUUCAUACAGCACAGGUGGUUGUGUGGUGGUAUUUAAACUGAAAUACAUAGGCCUAACCACUGACAAGCCGGUGCCAGAUGCACAUUGAUAAACUUCUCACUCUUCCACAUUGGUGAUUACUUCCCAUAGAGAAUACACACCCAUGCUCUUCAUAUUUCUUAUUUUAUAGUUUUGUAAUGUAUUUUCUUUACUUCUAAGUCACAUUAGAGUAUUGAAAUGAUUUUUACACAACUUUUAUAAUUUCAUUACAUGUAACAAUGGCACCAUGCAUUACCCUCUCCCUCCCCUCUAAGGCAGGGGGGGUGGUAAAACCGGAGAGACCCUCGUGGCCAGUAGUGGAAGUUGUCAGAUGCAGUACACAACCUCCCUUGCACCCCAUUCAACCCAUAGUGCAAUCCAUGGAGGGGCGAGAGAUAUGUGUGCAUAAUGUUGUUAUACUUGUGCAUACGGUAUAGCUAUUUAUACUACUGAAUUUUGCACACUUCAGGAACCGGCAUGAAAACUCACGAAUUUUGCUUUCUCUCGGGGUUUCAUUUUACCAAACCUCCGUGAGCUUUAAGGGAAUACUGUAUGUUCAGUAAGAUUUUAUAUUUCAGUAAAAAAAUUUGCCACAACAAUUAUUUUCAAUGGUUGUCAGUGAGAUUUGUGGUCAGCUUUUAUAUUGGUAUGUCUAGUCACCAGUUUCCUGUACUUUUAUGUUUUACAGAAGUUGUGUUUCUAUUUCUCUCUGUGUGCAUUGUCACAAAACCUGAAAACAUUAUUCUGAACAGUCCAGGUGAUAACAUGAGUUGUACUGUGCUGAAGCUUAUGAACUAUGGAGUAAAUUAAGCAGUUUGGCAUUACUUUUUGUAACAAGUGAUUGUCAGACACUUUCUAUUUCACCUUGUAAUGACUUACUUGUUGUCUUCAGUAAUUAAUCAACCUUCCUUCACCAGGUAAAUAAUUUGUCAUUAUGUUCAUGUAACAUUUUAUUAAUUGGACUUAUAAUCCAUAAAUUUCACCCUUUUUGCAUGACAGUGGAACUGUUUGUGAGCAUAAAAAUACGUCCAGGGUCAGUGGCUGUAUAAUGACCAAAAUGGCAUUCUAUCUAGUUGUAAAAUUUGUCUGGGAAAUUGUGACAGCAGUUGUUUUGUAUCUUGCCUUAUUGUAGAAUGUUUUCAAGAUGAUAAAUGUGAUAUAUUUGUAUAAAAACAAAAAAAAUAGCA